AUGAGCCUGAAGCCCUCCACCAUUUACAACAACACCCCGUUUUCUGUGAACCCUUUCAUCUGUCCACUAAAUCAAAACUCCAAAGACGUAAGCGUGAGGAACUCGGCGGAUCUUAUCUACUUGGAGUCUCUGGCAUCACCGUCGUCUUGUUCUAACAGUUGUUCAAUCAUGAGCAACGGGUUUAGCAGCUGCCAUAUUAAUAGCCUCAACUCAACCAGUCCAAACCAAGAGGUUACAUCCAACUUCCAGAGUGAAAACCCCUUUUUUAAAAGCAAACGUUCCCACAGUCUAUCAGAACUCUCUGUCUUACAGGCACAGUCGAAUCCAACUUUACCUUCGUCUGGGUUCUUUACGGGCCUGACGGCUCCUUUACCGGAGCAGUUUCAGAGCAGAGAGGACUUCCGGACUGCCUGGUUGAACCACAGAAAAUUGGCUCGGUCUUGCCAUGACCUGGACUCUUUGGGCCAGAGUCCCGGAUGGGGGCAGACCCAACCGGUGGAGACCAAUAUUGUCUGCCGGUUGGACUGUAACGGAGGAGUUGUUCAGCUUCCUGACACACACAGCGUACACAUCCCUGAGGGCCAUGUCGGUCAUGGAGACUACCAGCAGAUCUCCAUGAAAGCCUUACUGGACCCCCCUCUGGAGCUGAACAGCAACCGCUGCACCACGGUAAGCCCAGUGGUGGAGAUCAAGCUCAGCAACAUGGAGACAAAGUCAUUCCUAACACUAGAGAUAAAAGUGUCAGUGGCUGUGAAGAAGGAGAGUUGUCAUGCUGCAGAUGUGCUUUGUGUGCGCAGUGACUGCAAGGAAGGACCUUACACCCCGAUUCCCAAUGCCUACAUCUUCAAAGACACAGUUCAGGUACAGCUGGACAGUCUGGAGCCUUGCAUGUAUGUAGCGGUUGUUGUUCAGGCACAGUAUGUCGGACACAACACGACAGUCUGGGACCAUGUGCAGAGGAAAGUCAGUCUGGGUGUUUACGGACCCAAACACAUCCAUCCCUCAUUCAAGACAGUUGUGGCUAUGUUCGGGCAUGACUGUGCCCCCAAAACCUUGUUGGUGAAUGAUGUGACAUGGCAGGCGGCCUCGACUCCACCUGUGGCGCUGCAGCUGUGGGGGAAGCAUCAGUUUGUGUUGCCAUUCCCUCAGGACCUGCAGAUUGGACUCUAUUCCAACAUGACCAACUACCAGGUGAAGGCAAGUGAAGGAACCGGGAUAAUACGGGGGUUUCAGGUGAAGCUAGGGAAGGUUAGCAGGCUCCUCUUCAUGAUCACGUCGCACAACCCCAGCAGUAUCUCAGACUUUACUCUCAGGGUCCAGGUUAAGGAUGCUUUAGACUGCAUCUUGACCCAAUUCUGCGUCCAGACGCCACAGCCACCACCAAAAACUGAAGCAAGGAUCACUGGCCAGCGGAGAUUCCUGAAAAAGAGAGAGGUCGAUUCGAUCGUACUGUCGCCUCUGGCUGUCACCUCAAAACACCCAAAGUUUCAGGAUCGAUGUGUUACCAACCUGAAGUUUGGUAAGCUGAUUAAAACGGUGAUCAGGCAGCAUAAGAACAUGUACCUGCUGGAGUACAAGAAGGGGGAUGUUAUCGCCUUGCUCAGCGAGGAGAAAAUCAAGCUACGAGGGCAGCUCCGGACCAAGGAGUGGUACAUCGGAUACUACCAGGGAAAGCUGGGGCUGGUUCAUGCUAAGAACGUUCUUGUUCUUGGUAAAGUCAAGCCCAUUUACUGGUGUGGGCCAGACCUCACCACCACAAUGUUGCUGGAUCAGAUCCUGAAGCCUUGCAAGUUCCUCACCUACAUCUACGCAACUGUGAGGACGGUCCUGAUGGAGAACGUGGGCAGCUGGAGGGCAUUUGCAGAUGCACUUGGAUACGGGAACCUGCCCCUGAAUUAUUUUUGUCGGACAGAACUGGACAAUGAGCCGGAGAGAGUGGCGUCGGUUCUGGAGAAGCUAAAGGAAGAGUGUACUAACAUGGAGAACAAGGAGAGGAAGUCCUUCCAACGGGAACUCAUGAUGGUAAGACUUCUCUUUGUGCAUAGCCUUCGCUUAACUUUUUCUUUUCUUUAUAUUUUGCGUCAAAUCAGAAGUUAUUAUCUUUGAAUGGCUGGAACAUCUUGUCUAUUAUUUGAACAAUUUUUGAGUUAAGCAACAUCAAACCUAAAUGGAGCAUGACAGUUUGCAAAGACAACCCAGAUUGGCACAAAGAA